CAUCCGCUACUCCUGUUGACAGUCAGCAGAGCGCUUCCGGUCGUGUCUUGCACCGUCGUGUUUUCAUGAAAGAUUUGAUCAUAUCAUAUGUAUCCGUUUAUAAAUGAUAUUUAUUGGGGAAGAUUGUACAUAAGUUCCGCUUGCAGAGCGCGCGCGGUGAACCGCUGAUGAGAUGAUUGACGUGUGUGACUCAUAAUCAGAUCAGAUAUCGAUGAAGUAUUGAUAAGUGAAGAUGAUGAAGAAGAGGAGGAGCAGAGCGAGUAAACGCGCGAAGACUGAUGAAGAUGACGCGGGCAGGAUGAGCACAGGCUUCUGUCGCCUGUGUCACGGGAAGUUCUCGACGCGGCGUCUGCGUCAGGCGUUUGCGCAGCUCCAGGGCGAGGCGUGUGGUGUGUAUCCGCUCUUCUGCUCAGACUUCCAGCAGCUGCUGGGGAUCCCCAUGGAGAGAGACCCGGCUCUGUCCCAGUUCAUCUGCAACAGCUGCCACGCCCAGUUCUACAAGUGCCACAGCAUCCUCCUGGACUUCAGGAACAGAGUCAACCUGACGCCCCUCGCCAGAGACAGGAGCAGCACUGAACGCUCGUCCCCACAGGAAGACAUGGCUUUGUUCCGCUCCCACAUCUCCUCAGACAGGAGUGUUCUGCACAGCCUGGUGUCGUGGGCUCACACACACGCGAGCGGCUGCCGCUCCCCCCCCGGCCUGCAGGAGGCGCUGGAGGGCCCGUGCCGAGGCGCGCUGAAGCUGGUGUGGGUGUGUGUGGACGGGCACAGCUACGAGAUGGACACCCGGUCCAGCGCUGGCACUCAGUGUGAGGACAGAGUUCAGGCACACAGUGAUGAGCAGCAGAGAGAUAACAGCGGAUCCACUGAAGCCAGCGGGAACCCAGACGGCGGUGAGGAGACGACCCCUUCUGUGGCUCCGCUGAUCGAGGACAGAGGCGAUGCAGACAGUGAGCUCUCAGACAGGAACAUGUUGAGUGAUGAGGAGUGUGACGACAGGAGGAAGAGCGGCUCGUCUGAAGACAGCUCGGAUCUGAACCCUGACAAACGUUCUUCAAAGAGGAAAGAGACCAAGACACUGGAGCCCAAAGCCCGGAGGAAACCUGGGCCGAAGCCCGGCUGGAAGAACAGCAUCAAGUCAGAGCGAGAGGAGCUGCCCACCAUCUACAAGUGUCCUCACCAGGGCUGCACAGCGGUGUACCGAGGAGCCGACGGCAUGAAGAAACACAUCAAGGAGCAUCACGAGGAGGUGCGGGAGAGACCCUGUCCACAUCCCGGCUGCAACAAGGUCUUCAUGAUCGACAGAUACCUGCAGAGACACGUCAAGCUCAUACACACAGGUGACGCCGCUGUCCAGCUCACACACACAGAGGUGAGGAACUACAUCUGUGACCAGUGCGGCCAGACCUUCAAGCAGAGGAAACACCUGUCUGUCCAUCAGAUGAGGCACUCGGGGGCCAAACCACUACAGUGUGAGGUGUGUGGCUUCCAGUGUCGGCAGCGGGCGUCUCUGAAGUAUCACAUGACGAAGCACAAGGCGGAGGCGGAGCUGGAGUUCGCGUGUGUGAUCUGCGGGAAACGCUUCGAGAAGGCGCACAAUCUGAACGUGCACAUGUCUAUGGUUCAUCCUCUCCUGCAGGGCGGCAGCGUUCCUCCGAAGACUACACACACACACACCGACUCACACCCGUCCCACAGCAGCGGGUAGACACACACACACACACACACCCUCUCCUCCUGUUCCCGCUCCUCAGGAUUCAUCUCUACACACACCCGUCCCACAGCAGUGUGUAGACACACACACACACACACCAUCAGGCACCAGAAACACUGUUACAGGUGUGUGUAAAUGUCCCAUCAGCCCCUGCUCGGGGCCCGUCCACACGGCACUGCUGUAGAACGGGAUCUUCUGACGUUAAAAAUAGUUCCGGACGAGAUUUGUUUAUUCUGAUCCACUUUCAAAUGUGGUUUAGAAUUAGAUUCCAUAUCUGACCUCCUGAAAACACACACACACACACAGGAACUCGUUCACCCAGGUCAUGAAUACACCCUCAGCUGCUCCUAUGGAGACACACACACUCCGUGUGUAAGGACUGUGUGCACAGAAACUGUUGUCUUGUGAAUUUUAUAAAUAAAAACCCUUUGCUACUGAACUA